AUGAAUCCCGUUGGCAAAGAAAAACCCUUUCGUCUCUUCAGACUACCAUUCCUGGCAAUCAACGUUGUUAUUCAAAACAUGAAAAUUCAAGAGAUACUAAAACUUGCGUUGUCCAGCAGACGAGCUGAAAUGGUAGUCCGUCUUGGUAAUCACAAGCUGAAAAGUUUCAAAGUUAGAAUGGAAAAAACAUGGCAUGAUCCGAAAAUCACAAUGACUCGAUUUGACGAUGACUUCUGUGAUGUAAAAUUGAGAAGAUAUUCUCGUAAGACCAUAAGACAAGAUGAAGUAGUUCCCAAACGAUACAUGUUUGAGUUAAGUGGAAACUUAUCUAUCCAAACAACCGGUUCAUGGAAAGAAGUUGUGAUUGCCUCUGAUUAUUUUCGUUCAUUGUUCAAAAUACCCAAAUAUUGGUUUUCAUACGUUUUAAUUCUGAAAGAACUCAGCGACAACAAUAUAAUCGAAAUUUUGUCUUGUCUUAACUGGGAGAAGUCCGGACAACUUGUCAUGUACCAAGGGCGUAUCGAAAAAGAAGUAAUGCAAUAUCUAUUGGACACUCUUCCAUCAGAUGUGUGUCUUCGUAUCUAUUCGAUGAUUGACUACGAGAUGAAUCAUGAAAAGGCUCUCAGUUUUCCACAUAUUAUUUAUAAUGAAGCCCAUUGGAUUACUCUUGACAACUUGAAAUCAAUGAGAAACUGUAAAGAUGUAAAGUUGAAUAGAACAAACUUUACUUGUGAAGACAUUCGAAAGCUGAUAGAUUAUUGGACGGAUUGUGAGGAGGAUAUGUUCCGGAGACUCACUAUCAGACUGAAAGAUAAUGUGACUCAUGAUAUGGAUACCAUUAUUCAGACUAUGGUGGUUCUUAAAUACGGGUAUUCGGAAAACGGCUACAUCUUCUACACCGCAAAAAAGAGAUUAUUAGGAACCAUCAAAUUGGAAGAAGGAAAUAAAAUUAUUUUGACAUCCUUCAAACGCAUCGGAAGAUACAAAGCAAUUCCUCCGAUAUUGGAAUUGUGUGAGCGUCGGAAAGAACUGUUUGCUGAGUUGAAGAAUGUAUACGAUGAAAUAGUUAAAUUCACAAAAGAAUGGAAUGAAGGAGUGUAUGAAAUGAAGUCAGAGGAGGAAACGAACAAUAAAUUAGAUGAAUACAAGAAUAAUCAAAUUCACCAGUAG